AUGACCCCUUUGCAAGCAGGCGAUAGCGGUGUUUCCGGAUCCUACAACCCUACGGCAAGGCUUCUAGCAGGCCCCGUUUCCCAGGCGCCAAAGACAAAUAGUAAUAACCCUUGGAAUAAACUUCCUAACUCACACACUGGGCUUUUCAAUUCCAUCUUAGGGUUGCGAAACUUUGCAAGUGUGUUGGACACGAAUAGGUUCAACCUGGAGCACAUCGGUCCCGUCUCUGCCAAAGGUUACACGGGUUCUUCAGCAAGACCGAAGGGUAAAAAGGGGAAAAUCUCAAAAAGCCAGGAAGUCCAGGACGAUGCUGCAAAAUACAAAUAA